AAGUUUUGUCAUCAAUGCAUCAAAGGCAGAUGGCGUAGAAAUGAAAUUAACUACUUGGAGGUGGGAGGCACCAAACUAAUGGAGAUCACAAAACUAAAGGAAGGUGUCAUGAAGCACUUCCAGGAACUAUUCACAGAAGAUGAUUGGGAAAGACCAAUAUUGGAGGGAAUUGAAUUCAAGAAGGUCACACUUGAGCAAAACAUAACGCUGACUACACAAUUCAUGGAAAAAGAGGUAAAGGAAGCUGUGUGGGACUGUGACAGUUCAAAGGCCCCAGUACCAAAUGGAUUCAAUUUUGGGUUUCUCAAAGCAAUGUGGGAGAUAGUGAAGGAUGAUGUUGUAAAAUUCAUUGAAGACUUUCAUACAAGUGGAAGAUUAGUAAAAGGCUCAAAUGCAUCUUUCAUUGUUCUAAUUCCAAAAAAGGAGAACCCAGUAAGAAUUGAGGACUAUAGACCAAUUUCGCUAAUUAGAUGCAUGUACAAAAUUAUUGCAAAACUGCUUGCAAACAAAAUGAAGAAGGUGAUGGAGGGGUUGAUAAGCGAACAACAGUCAGCAUUCAUACAAGGGAGAGAGCUUAUGCAUAGUGUAGUUAUGGCCAAUGAAACCAUCAACGAGAUUAAGAAGAAGAAAAAGAGCCUCAUCUUCAAAAUUGACUUCGAGAAAGCCUACAACAAGGACAGAAUCAACUACAACAAAAGCAAGUUGUAUGGAAUGAAUAUAGAGGAGGAAGUCUCUCAACAUUGGGCCAUAUUCCUGAAUUGCAAAACGGAGGGGCAAAACAGGGGAUCUAGAUGGUGGAAAGAUGUUCGCAAAAUUAAUGAGUUGAUUGAGGGGAAACGGGAUUGGGUGAAGUCGGGUUUUAAGUUGGUUAUAGGAGACAGUGCUAAGACAAAGCACGGUGCAGCAAAUGGGAGAAUGGAUAGGUGGUUCAUGGAGAUGGAGAUUAAAAUGGAGGAGAAGAUUAUCAGCAAGGGAACAGGACCAAGAAACAUAGCUUCGAAGCAUCAUACAAAAUGUGCAAAUUCGAAAAGACGCUGAUGAUAGAUGGUGGUGGAGAUAUGAAAAAGACCGUGAAUACACAGUAAAAUCAGCA